AUGGGCGUACCUGGGGUGGAGGAGGUAGAGGCAAAGGGGGUGGUGCCUAGGAGGAAGGAGAGGACGAGGGUGUGGGAGAGGAAGUGGGUGCAGCGAGGGGUGCGGGGCAGAAGAAGUGGUCGGCUGAGUUUUGACUUUUCUCCGCGCGCGCUGCCUUCUUGCCCUCUCUUCUCUUCCCCUCCCUUCACCUCUCCUACCUUCACCGCCAAUUCCUUCUCCUCCCCUGCUUGCCCCUUCUCCCCUCCAGUCUCUCCUUCCUUUCUCCCCUCUUGCCUUCGCGUACGCACCCCUUGUCCCUCCUCCCGCCUGUCCCCACUUCUUCACCUGCCCCUUCUCCCCACCUCUGCCCUCCUGCUCCGCCCCCUGCCCCCCCUUCUCCUACCCCUCGCCUCGCAUCCCCGCUUCCCCUUCCCCUCCCUGCGCCUCCCCUCCCUGCUCCGCCACCCCUUUCCCUUCCACGUGGCCGCCCGUCGCCACUGCCCCCAUCUGCGCAAACCGUCCCACUAG